GUGCAACCAACCACAGGGAAGAAAAUAAAAGAAAGAAAGAUAGUUCUCUUCUCCGGCCAAAGAAACCACCGAUCAAAAAAAAAAUGAAGGAUUACUCCAAGAUCGGCGAUAAAUAUGCGAUGCAGAGAACAAGUCGACGGUUAGAAGGUACCGCCAUGGGCUCCACAAUCUUCGAUCUCAAACCCGGCGUCGGCAUCGGACCUUUCUAUAUCGGAAUGCCAAUUUGUGAUGCGUUUGGGAAAAUAGAGCAGAAUCCAAACGUGUAUGAUGUUGUUCAUGUCAAAUACUACGACGAGGAUCCUCUGAAACAGGAUAUUGUUAUUAGCUUUCCGGAUCAUGGUUUUCAUCUUCGCUUUGAUCCCUGGUCUCAGAGGUUACGCCUUAUUGAGAUAUAUGAUGUGAAGCGGCUUCAGAUGCGUUACGGCACUUCUCUGAUUGGAGGUCCAUCAACUCUGGCUACGUUUGUGGCUGUUUAUGCACUUUUUGGACCGACCUUCCCUGGGAUUUAUGAUAAAGAGAGAGGGAUUUACGCUCUGUUCUACCCGGGGCUAUCUUUCGAGUUUCCAAUUCCGGACCAGUACACGGACUGCUGCCAUGAUGGAGAAGUGGCGCUACCACUAGAGUUUCCAGAUGGGACCACACCAGUUACAUGCCGGGUCUCUCUAUAUGACAAAUCGAGUGAGAAAAAAGUUGGUGUAGGAAAACUGAUGGAUAAAGCUUCAGUCCCUCCUUUGGCCCCUGGCAGUCUUUACAUGGAAGAGGUUCAUGUCAAGCUUGGAAAGGAACUGUACUUUACUGUUGGAGGCCAGCAUCUGCCUUUUGGUGCAUCCCCACAGGAUGUAUGGACUGAAUUAGGACGACCAUGUGGGAUCCACCCAAAGCAGGUAGAUCAAAUGGUUAUUCAUUCCGCGUCAGAUCAACGACCAAAAACAACUCUUUGUGGUGAUUACUUUUACAACUAUUUCACUCGUGGUUUCGACAUCCUGUUUGACGGCGAGACUCACAAGGCUAAGAAGUUUGUUCUUCACACCAACUAUCCUGGUCAUGCUGAUUUCAACUCAUACAUAAAGUGCAACUUUGUGAUCUCUGUUGGAGAGGGUGAGGCGGAAGCAAACAGAGGUGGAAACAAGAUCACUUCAAGUACGAAUUGGGACCAGGUUAAGGAAAUACUCGGGGAGUGUGGACCAGCAGCUAUUCAGACACAGGGAUCAACCAGCAACCCAUUUGGAUCCACAUACGUGUAUGGCUACCAGGAUGUUGCUUUUGAGGUGAUGAAGAAUGGUCAUAUAGCCACCAUAACUUUGUUCCAGUCAUGAUGUGUUUUCGAGGAGGGAGGCUUUUAUGCUUUGGCUCGAGAGGCUAUCUUCUACCACAGACUCUGUAAAUAUAACAGUAAAAAAAACUGCAAGGCAUCGAUAUUAGCAAAAACUUUUAAAUGUCUAAAAAUUUGAUGUACAGUUGUCUUGUCACAAUCGCUUACUAUUUCCAUUCUUUCAGACUAUAUGAUUUCAUAUAUCCAUUUACGUUGAUGAAUGAUAUAAGCUUGA